GAAAACCCCACAAAAAUGUCCAAAAAACUCCCAAUAAUUUCCGUGACUGCCGAACAGCACUCCGAAUCAUCCUCAUCCUCCCAUGACACCGAUAGCAAUGAUAUGGACUAUAAUCGCAGCGGAGCAGGUGGCGUAACAGAUGUGGAAGACUUUGAUAGCCAGAUCGAAGUUCUCAAACCAAGCUCUCGUCGUAGCUCCGGAAAUGUGCCCCCAAAGAAGAACAAGUCGAAACCCUUUGAGAACGAUGUCACUGAUGUGGAGGACUACGAUACUGAGUCCGAUGAGGACUCGAAGAGCACGGCUUAUCCCGAAUUAAAGAUGUCUCUACGUGAAUUCUUGCAACAGGGAUUACAGAAUCAGGAGGCUCUUGAUAUUGAUGGCAAGGAGAGCUGUGAGGUAAAAGCGGGUAACUUUUUACAAGCACAAAACUUGAAUGGCCUGGCCGACUACUUAACUGACUGCGAGGAUUAUGACACAGACUCCGAGAUGGAUUACGGCUGCGAGAAGUCCGUAUGCGUUGACCUAGAUAAUGCUGUAGGCGAUCAGGGGCGUGUCAACAUAGCCGACGGCGAGAAACAUGAAGAUGACUCUGAUCACUAUGAGGAUGUCUCAGCUAUAAGUGAUAUUAGUGAUCUGGCCUCGGCUUUGUCUGACUGUACCGGUAUUGCGGGGCAUGUGCGUGGUAUGUCUGAGGAUGAAGUACUUGUGGUAUCUGGAAGCGGCAGUGAGGAGCUAUGUCAAAUUGCCUGCUCGAGCACCGAAUCUGAGUCUGGAGGAGCUGCAGCUAAAAGUGCCAGCAUUAGCGAUGCCAGCUUGCCUCCCAUAGAUGUUGCCUUUGUCAGCGUCAGUGGAGAACCACGAAGGAACUCUAAAGCGAGCUUGAUGAAUGUUGAAAGACGACAGUUCCUACAAGUAGCUCCCAAACAUGAAGAAGUACUCACAGAUGUCGAGGGUAUCGACGACUCCGCAGCCGAGGACAGUUUCGAUAAUGAAGAGGACGAUGAACAACCUAUUCCACGAGCUAUUAUCCUAGCUCCUGGCGAUGAUGGCACCUGUCUAACCGAUGUUGAGGAUAUGUACUGUGACGAUCUUUCUUUAGGUAGUUCCGUUCCCGAAGCAAUUGCUGUGGCACCUGAAAUUCUGCCCCUACCACAUCGUGAGUUUGUUGAGCUAAGGGAGGAUAAGUAUGGGGAUACCAUUACAAAUGUGAUGCCUAUGAACAUAAGCUACGAGUUUGGAAUAUAUAAUCACUUGAAAGAUAUUACUAACACCGAUUCGGAAGACUAUUCCUGUCCUGAAGACUGGAGUGCAAAUCUAUCACUUGCGGAAGAGCUGGCUGUCGGAGCAGCAGGACUUAUAGAGAAUGAAGUCAUUGUCUCCAACGAACUGUUGAAGCAGCAACAGAGCAAGCGCCUAGAAGUGCUCUCCAACGCUGAAUCCGUCACAGAUGUCGAGGAAAUCUUUGUGGCAGGCACCAACCGACGCAAGAAGUUGAAGACACGCACCCCAAGCAAGGGCAAGAACAAGCUGUUGGAUGUUGUCAAGGGCAAGGAGGAUGGCAUUACCGAUGUGGAGGAUAUGGAUUUGAGUGAAUGUGAUCUACCACCUGGUGUUAAGCGAGUCGAACAACUAAAAAUACAAGCUAAGAGUCAGAAAGCAGAUAAACUUACCGAUGCCGAAGAUAUUUCCACAGACGAUGUAUCCAAUGCGUCAGAGGCUUCGUUACCCAAACCGAAGUGCAACACGUCCAAGUUGCAGCCACUUCACAUGCGUCUGCUCAAGGACGAUGUCAUCAGUCAGCAGAACACGGACGUCGAGGACGUUCAACUACCAUCCGAUGCUGAGGAUGUCCUUGAGCUUCCACCCAUUGAGGUGGCGAAUAGCAAUAGCAAAGAGCUCAAUGAUAUGCUGAAUGAGAGUUACACAGUCGUACAUGAAAAAAGCGGCAGCAGCUUUAAUGCCGAGACCGAGAAGCUACAAUUGAAAGGUGUGAUACGAGAUGCUUACACCGAUGUUGAAUACCUUGAGUCCGAUGAGUCAGCUGCUAAAGGAGGCAACUAGUCUUCGUUCCGAAUUAAAUCAUUUGCCAACACACACAAUCAAAA